GCUUCGCUCCCUAAUCCAUAGUUCUCUUCGAGGCUUCGCUUCGACCUUCCCUCCCGGCUCCCGCUUCCGUCCUUCGACCUUGGUAUUUGGGCAUGAUUAAAAACCGACCAAUUCUUACCAAAAAGUAACACAUCUUACACUGCUGCUGAUUUAACAUUUCAGGGCAUCUUUUUGGCUCUCCGCCCAGGGCAUUCAAAACCAUUGGACGGCCCUGAGAAGAAGGUGCUGUAAAUCUUCCUUCAAAAUCUUCAACGAUGAGUGCAGGUGGAGCAUUUGGAGGGAACAGAGGAGCUCGACCGGUGCCACCAGAAAAAGGAGUGUUUCCACUUGACCACAUGCACUUAUGUGACAUGGAGAAGAAAGAAUAUAUAAGUUGUCUCAAAACAUCGGGGCAUAAAUCGGAGAUAUGUAGACAUCUUUCAAAGAAAUACUUGGAAUGUCGAAUGGCAAAGAAUUUGAUGGCGAAGCAAGAUAUGUCGGAACUAGGUUUCGGGAAGGAAGACAACUCAGAAAUCUCGAAAGAGGAAAGCGAAAAUGGAAGGAUGAUAGAUUAAACAUCAUAAUCAAGUUACUUUUGAAACCUCAAAACAAUUUUGGUUUGUGAUUUGUAAGGGAUUCCAUGUUACCAAAUUUUGAUGAGUGAUCAUCUUAAAUGUCGGUUUUCAUCUUCGAUUUGUGUACGUUUGUAAGUAUUAUUAGUUAACAUACGCGGUGCAAAUACCCGCUUUUAG